AAAAUGUCUCGAAGGAAGUUCAAGCCUUGCCCCUCCUGCCAAGCACUUAACCAGGUGAGCCUCAAAACCUGCAGCUCUUGUUUUGCAGCCAUCACCCAAAAAAAAAAAGUAGCAGCCAAAAAAGUGACCCUGGACAGGAAGUGGGGGGAAAGGGUCCUAAAAAAUAGAAAUGCUGGAAGAGUGGUGGACUCUGCCCAUAUUGCAGUGAAAAAACUAAGUGCAUUGGGGUAUGUCCCAAUUCUAUUUUUCGCCAAGAAAGAUAAGGCCUCUGGAAAGUGGGUGGCUGAUGUUGUGACCCAUCUGACACCCACUGAGGAUAACCUAAAAAUUGUGGCCACCAUGAGAAAGGCCUACAAUUUUUUAUUGAUCAAAGAAGGGAACUCCACAACGACAUUGCCAGAGCCCCAGCAUCAGACUCAACCCGAGCCCCAGCAUCAGGCCCAGCCCGAGCCCCAGCAUCAGGCCCAGCCCAAGCACCAGCAUCAGGCCCAGCAUCAGGUCCAGCCCAAGCACCAGCAUCAGGCUCAGCCCAAGCCCCAGCAUCAGGUCCAGCCCAAGCACCAGCAUCAGGCCCAGCCCGAGCCCCAGCAUCAGGCCCAGCCCAAGCACCAGCAUCAGGCCCAGCAUCAGGUCCAGCCCAAGCACCAGCAUCAGGCUCAGCCCAAGCCCCAGCAUCAGGUCCAGCCCAAGCACCAGCAUCAGGCUCAGCCCAAGCCCCAGCAUCAGGUCCAGCCCAAGCACCAGCAUCAGGUCCAGCCCGAGCCCCAGCAUCAGGUCCAGCCCAAGCACCAGCAUCAGGCUCAGCCCGAGCCCCAGCAUCAGGUCCAGCCCAAGCACCAGCAUCAGGUCCAGCCCGAGCCCCAGCAUCAGGUCCAGCCCAAGCACCAGCAUCAGGUCCAGCCCGAGCCCCAGCAUCAGGUCCAGCCCAAGCACCAGCAUCAGGCCCAGCCCGAGCCCCAGCAUCAGGCCCAGCCCAAGCACCAGCAUCAGGCCCAGCAUCAGGUCCAGCCCAAGCACCAGCAUCAGGCUCAGCCCAAGCCCCAGCAUCAGGUCCAGCCCAAGCACCAGCAUCAGGCUCAGCCCAAGCCCCAGCAUCAGGUCCAGCCCAAGCACCAGCAUCAGGCUCAGCCCGAGCCCCAGCAUCAGGUCCAGCCCAAGCACCAGCAUCAGGUCCAGCCCGAGCCCCAGCAUCAGGUCCAGCCCAAGCACCAGCAUCAGGCUCAGCCCGAGCCCCAGCAUCAGGUCCAGCCCAAGCACCAGCAUCAGGUCCAGCCCGAGCCCCAGCAUCAGGUCCAGCCCAAGCACCAGCAUCAGGUCCAGCCCGAGCCCCAGCAUCAGGUCCAGCCCAAGCACCAGCAUCAGGCUCAGCCCGAGCCCCAGCAUCAGGUCCAGCCCGAGCCACAGCCUCAGGUCCAGCCCGAGCCCCAGCAUCAGGUCCAGCCCAAGCACCAGCAUCAGGCUCAGCCCGAGCCACAGCCUCAGUUCUUGGCCCUGGCUGAGUCCCAGUCUCAGGCCCAGGAAAAUGAGACCUUUUAUCUUUUAGAUUUAUACCCUGUCUCUCCCCCACCCCCAACAAAAAAAAGAAAGUGUUGCCGGAAAUGCAGUAGGCAAAAAGUUUUCAAAUACGACUCCAUAACAGGAAGAAGGAUAAAUGAGGGGCAAGCAGAAGUAAGGGUGAAAUGGUUACCUUGCUCUGCAUGUGGAAAAAUCUGGGAGGAGACAUGGGAGCCGGCCUGCCAGUUCUCACCAGGUGUCAAGCAUGUGUGACGUCACCCAUUCAUCUACAAUUCAGUAUGAGUUGAAUACCUGCUAUGAGUUGUCGAGUUCGCUGUUACGGCACAGCCAUCCUGUUUGCGCAUGUGAUGAUUUUAGAUAAGAAGGAGGAGCCACGUUACACACUUUCAAUGGUUUCCACCCUAACAUGCUGUCAUGCUGUUUUUUUUCUUUAUUACUGAUUCUUGCUAAAAGCUGUGUUCAA